AUGGGUCUCUCCAAGCCAACAGUGAUGGAGUCAAUUGAUGCAGCUGAUGGACAGCAAGGACAGCAAAGUGGGAAGGAACAAUCCCAGAAAGCCUCACCGAGAACUCUGCAGCAUGGCUGGGCUGCCUGGUGGAAUGGAUUAACGACAGGAGGCGGUGUAUAUUUGUUCGCCCUCUUGCAGAUAUUGCUUUUCUGCAUGAUGUUAUGGUACAGCGGUUUUGGGACAAUCCCAACAGCUCAGAAUGCCUUUGACCUGCUGUCCUACUUGCUAACACCAUUUGAACAGUUCAUCUCAGAUCCAGGAGAGGACCUGACCAGAGUUGGAAGCAUUGCGAUGUUAUAUUUCCUGCUGUCUUUAGUUUCACUAGGAUUGUUACUCAUAGGAACUCUGAUUUGGUAUCUUGUGAAAACCCAUCCGGAUCCCCCCUUUCCCCUACCAGAGGACAGGCGUCAGUCUGUGAGCCGCCAGCCUUCAUUCACAUACUCGGAGUGGACAGAGGAUAAAAACGAGGAUGAUUUUCUAGAUUUCGAUCCAGUGCCAGAGACGCCGGUCUUUGACUGUGUGAUGGACAUCAAAGCAGAGACGGAUCCAGCGACUCUGACAGUUAAAUCAGUGGGAUUGCAAGAAAGGAGAGGUUCAAAUGUUUCACUCACGCUGGACAUGUGUACCCCAGGCUGUUCCGAGCAAGUCUUCGGCUAUGUCAUGUCACCAAGAGAACAAUCAGCCCGAGAAUACCUACAAGCGGCAUCAAACAUUCUUACCGCAGAGGAGCUACACAAGAAAGCAUUAGACCCUUUCAUACUCCAGACAGAGUUUUUUGAAAUCCCAAUGAACUUUGUUGAUCCAAAGGAAUAUGAUAUUCCAGGAUUAGUGCGGAAGAAUCGCUACAAAACAAUUCUCCCAAAUCCUCACAGCAGAGUGUGCCUUACCUCAACUGAUCAGGACGAUCCUCUUAGCUCAUAUAUCAAUGCUAACUACAUCAGGGGCUAUGGAGAAGAGGAAAAGGUAUAUAUUGCUACUCAGGGACCCAUAGUUAAUACUGUCAGUGAUUUCUGGAGAAUGGUGUGGCAGGAGCGUUCUCCCAUCAUUGUCAUGAUUACCAAUAUAGAAGAGAUGAAUGAGAAAUGUACAGAGUACUGGCCAGAGGAACAGGUCACCUAUGAAGGAAUAGAAAUCACAGUUGACCAGGUCAUACAAGCAGAUGAUUACCGAUUAAGACUCAUCACCCUGAAGAAAGGUGGUGAAGUAAGAAACCUGCGACAUUACUGGUAUACAUCCUGGCCAGACCAAAAGACACCAGAUCAAGCACCAGCCCUCUUACAACUGGUGCGGGAAGUGGAAGAGGCCAUGCAAUGUGCAGAAGAAAAGAAUGCCCCAGUCAUUGUCCACUGCAGUGCAGGGAUUGGGAGGACUGGCUGCUUUAUUGCCACCAGCAUUUGUUGUAAACAGUUGAAGUACGAGGGGAUAACUGACAUACUGAGAACAACCUGCCAGUUACGGCUAGACAGGGGAGGAAUGAUCCAGACUUGUGAACAAUAUCAAUUUGUCCACCAUGUCAUGAGCUUGUAUGAAAAACAGCUCUCUAGAGCAGCAGAAGAAUAA